CGGGAAAACUUUAGCUCUUCUAAAUAUGGGCAUCAAUGCCCAUUUAAGGCAAUCCAUACAAAGGACACUAUCCGUGGGGAAUAUGUUUGAUAUGUCGUAGUAUAAAUAUAUAUACUCUAUGAGGUCGGUAUGAUGUCUGCAUAUUUAGCAGAAUGUUUAUGCUGUAUCCUUUUAGAUGCGAAUGAAACAAUAAAAUUGCACUUUAUUCGUUUAUUUUUAUCAUUAUAUUUUGAACGGUUGGGGGCUGGGAACUACCCAAAAUGCAUUGCAUGAUAAUUGUUAUCCGCCAUUUUGAAUUUUUACGAUCGAGUUCACUGCUCUUUGGCGACUGUAAGUAUGACUACUAAAACAACAAAAGGCGAUAAUAUUACUUAGAUGUGGUUUGUCUCAAGCCAUUGUCAUGCCUCCGAAAUCAAAGAAACGGAAACUAGACAAAAACACCGACAAAGAUAUCGGAGUAGCGUCUCAGCGAUGCAUUCUAAACGUGGAUGGAAUUCAGCAUUACGGCGACUUUACUGCACUGAGCAAUUUCAAAGGUCCAGCUGAAGAGAAACUAGCUCAAUUACUCAGCAUUCGGGAAAAAAGACUGAAUGAGCCCCAUGACUCUCCUUAUCGAAUGGAGGCUGCUUAUGCAGUAAAAUUCCCGAGACCCUCACUGAUGUCAACUUAGCAGAAUUAGGUUACCAUCAUGGAUGUUACAUGAACUUUACCAGGAAUUUAGAUCGUUUGAAGGGGGACCAUCCUGUACCAACCGAGAGUGCUAGGUCGGCACGAUCACCACGUAAGUCAUCUUCAUCUAGUUCCCAAGCAAAAUUCCCGGCAGAGUGUUUAUUUUGUGAGAAGCUAGUGCGCAAGGUGCAUGGAAAGAGGGAGUAUUGUACUUCGUUUGCUGUAUAUAAGGAUAGUAGAGGAUUCCAAUUACAGCCGACAUGGAAGCAGAUUGAACCCCGUGCGUUAGCACUAGAAGAUAAUCGCCUCUACCGUGAAGUUCUAGGGCAAGAUCUCUUUGCAAGAGAAGCUCAAUAUCAUCCUUCAUGCCGGAAAGCGUUUAACCUGAGAUAUAUCAACCACAUCCGAGAUGCGAAAACCAAGGAAGUGCGUCCUCAAACAGACCAGGAACAAAAUACAUCAGCACACUUGAGGUUGUUAUCCAAUUCAUCCAAGAAAAUGUUGUUGCACGGGAAGAGGUAGUAGAACUAAGAUCACUCCGCCUCCUAUAUGUAAGGGAGCUAGAAGAGAAAGGGUUUCCCAAUCCUGACUACCGAGGAGAGAACCUUAAGACGAAGCUAGAGAAACAUGAAAUAAGCGAACUUAUCGCUUUUACUAAAGUUCAUCUAGAAGAUAAAGGCAACAUGGUAUUAACUCUUGUAUAUAGUGCCAGUAUAUCCGUAGCAGAUGCAGUUGCCCGUGCAUAUCACUUGGGGUCAAUCGACAAGCACCAAGAAGUAUCCCUUAUUCUUCGUAAGUCAAUACAGCGCGCCUUUAAGGAAACCAAGCCCCUCCCAUGGCCCCCUACAGCCGACGAUCUUGUAAACCAAGCGGACGAUAUCCUCCCACCUGAACUAGAAACGUUUUUGAACUUUGUCAUCACUGGAGAUUCGAAUCUGGAAAAGAAGGAGACGAUUGGACGAGUUGUUCUCUCGAUUGGGCAGGACAUCUGCCGAGCAGCCACCAAUGGGGAGUGGAAGCUGCCAAAGCAUAUUCUCCUCUGUACAACCGUGCGACAUAUGUACCGUAGCAAGCUUCUUACCACCAUCCUUGCUCGACUCGGACACUGUGAAACGUACGACUUUGGAUUAGAGCUUAAAACAGCAAUCGCGAAAGCCUUGGAUGAGGUCUCAACAACCCUUACCCCUGAGAUAGUUAAAGGAGAAGGCAACGAAGUGUUUCAUUUUGAAUGGGACAAUAUGAAUAAGAUCACUACCAACAUCCAUGGGCAUAACGUGAAUAGCACGGGGGGCAUCAUGAUUCAAGAGAUCAAGCCUGGUUUCACUGCGAGCGAGGACCGCAUUCUACCGGUAUAUAAGCGCAGCGCGUUGCGUUCCCUGAAGAUUGGUACCCCUGAAACUCUGGCACCCGUCCACAUCUACAAUCGCGUUGGCCCAAAACUCCCUGAAGGCGCUACGGUAACUCCACCUACCCAAAAUGAUGAGGUCUAUCUUGGGGCCAAGACUGAGUAUGGUGCAUGGUUGCUUGCGAGGUUGAUCGAGUGCGAGGCUGACAAGCAAGUCGUUCCAGGAUUCGGGGGGUUUGUUUCAGUUACAGGUGUCAAGCCACCAAGAAAGUCUACCAUAGAAUACUUUACCCCAAUCCAUCAGCCUUUCACAAAGUAUGCCGUAAUAGUGGAGAUUCUAAAGCGAUCCGAAGACGCCACUCAAGAGGUCGGCCAGACGUACGUGCUAAAUACCUUUGAUCUUGGCGGCUGUAUAAAGGCCCUUCCCGUCAUCUGGAAGUACCCAGAAAGAUACAGAAACCAUGUUGUGAUGCCUGGCCCUUUCCAUACAGCCAUGAACUACAUCGGCAUGCUAACAGGCAACAAAUGCCGUGGGUCUGGGUACUCUGACAUCUUAAUAGAAGCGGGCCUCGUAACAACUGGCUGCCUUAAGAGCGUCCUCAAAGUUAAAGCUUACUCGAAAACCUUAUUUUGCCUGAAAACGGUCACAGAAGCGAUGGAAAGGCUCCUCUUUGAGAGGUUUCUCGAGGAAGACAAAACAGCAACCCCUGAUACCUCUACUCUGCUAGCCCUGGUCCAGUCAUGCGAUCGUGAGACGCUCGAUGAUGCUCUCAAAGACCCCGUCACUAUCACACUCCUUCGCCAGUACGAUGCUUUCCAAGAACAGGUUCGAAACGGCCACCUGGGAAAGACUGCGCAGUUCUGGAUGAGCGUCAUCGACCAUACCCAUCUAGUCUUGAUGCUCCAGUAUUCCGUUAAGUCGAACAACCUCUCGCUAUUCCACAAAUGUAACGGAGACAUGGCAAUUCUAUUCUUCGCAUUUGAUGGACACAAUUACUCCAGGUAUUUGACAUGGCUAGAUCUGUUCUUGACUAACGUCGAUGUUUCGCAUCCUGGGGCCAAGCGGUUGCUAGAGAGAGGAGGGAUUGCUGUAGCUCGAUCUCUAAUUCCCGGCGCUCUAAUUGCAGUAGAUAAGACCAUGGAAGAGACCUUCAUGGAGUUCGCUAAGUCAGCAGGUAAACUACAGAAUAAGUUGCAGGUACAGAUCAGAGUUAUUGCGAUUAAUAAUUGGUUAUGUCUUGUUAUCUUGGACUGUUCUCGAUGUUUGGGGCAUAUCAAAGGUGGUGUAGAACGGCGCGUGUCUUUUUCCUACAAACCAAGAUAUAUCCCGCUCUACACCUAUGUAUUGAGCACUGUUAUAUGAACGCCUGCACUCACGCAUUAUAUAUAUAUAUAAUCUUGUUUUUUAUUGUAAAUGCCAUAUCACAACACUGAUUGGGGCAAGAAAGGUAAGAGCAUCAUCUCUUCAGGUGUGGGGUGGACUUGAGAUGUGCUCCAUGAAAGUAGACAGGGCUGAUUGUCCUAUCUUCAAAUACUAUCCCCACAUCAGAGUUAGCACCAAAAUAAGAUUAAGAAAAGCUGAGAAUGCGUUUUAAAAUUGUUAUUUUUUAAACAUUUCUUUGGUUCACUGUCCUCAAUGUGCUAUCAAUUAGGUGAAAAUUUAUUUUAACACCCAAAGUGAGUCAUAUUGUGUUAACAAUAUAAUUUUAUUGAAAUAUAUUAUUUUAUUUAUGUAAGUUACAAGUAAACAACAACAUAUAUUUAUUUUGAAGUGAGAGGGCUAUAGAAUAUGCAAACUUGAUUGAAAUUAUGCACUAGUCAAUUGAAACCCCCACCCCCAUGAUCCCGGGGAAGGAUGGGGGAUUAGAAUUUGACGCUGUACUAAACAGAGAAAAGCCCCCUACCCUCGGGACAACACUGCAGUAAAAAACCCUUACCCCAUCGGCGAGUACAUUUGUAAUAAUAACUAUGAAUAACAGUUAAUAAAAAUAAAUCAUCUUCAUCUGGUGUUUGUUAUAUCAUUCAUAUUAGUUUUCACACAUUUUGCGGUGCAGCUUGCCAUAUGUUGAUACAUGGAAAUGAUGACUUGACUUUUGCAAAUUACAUUUUUUGAUGAUUUCACUUGUCCCCAAGCCUCUAAUGGGGAUAAUUCUUAGAGUCGAAAACAGUCAAUAGGCCAUUCCAGCUAUAAGUUUGCGCGUGCCUAACCAUAGAAACCUACCUCAACUACCAGAAUGUACCGUGGGCUUUUUUAAGCUUAUGCAUUAGAGCAUAAACAUAAUUUCAAGAUCAACAACACUACAAAAAUAUUACAAAUCUCUAGAUUUUAAUAAAAAUGUUCCAUAAAAUAAAAUGACAUUCAAUGAGGGCUAAAGGUAUUUUAGGGAAAUAAUAAAACUUAUCUUAAGGAAGCACCAAAGUACCAAAAUAAUUUUCAUAGAUUUAAGUACAUAUUUUGCACUUACAUGACUUACAAUUAAAUUUACACCUAUACUGUACUUUAUUGAGACCGACAUGGUUAAAAGGAUGACAUUCAAUGGUAAGAAAACAAAAUUCUUCUUAUGGGUAUCCGGUCAAGUGUAAAGUAGAUUCAUCGACAAAGCGAUUUGUAGGAAACAAUUUCCAUCAAUUGUUUCAAACCACUUCCACUUCAAAAUAGAUUAAGCAAUCAAGGUAAAUACCUCGAGUCCAUUCAUGAGUGUCCAGAGCACAUUUAAUUACGUCUGGAAGUAAGCUGUAUGAGUCUAAAGCAGUCAGCACAAUUCUUAUCUUGAGCCGCGUGUCUCGCACUCGGGUCGCAAAUGUAAACACGGGUUAAUACAGCAAAAUCAAUCCAAGCUGAGAUGAUUUUCCAAAAUAACUUGGUAGAAAUUGAGGCUAUAGUAAAAUAUAAAAUUAUUAAAUCGCGAAUCGGGCCUUCAACUGCACAAAUAACAUGGAUGUGAGGAUUGGAAUCUCAAAUUCAAGAUGGCGGCCAUGACACAGUUUUAAAUUAUGCAGAAGGGUUCUGGUAACAAGGCAUUGCGAUGACGUAGGACAGUUGGCUAGAUACUUCGUGUAAGAAAAAAGCUUCGGUAAGGUCGCAAUGAGUACACUAAAAUAUGAAGUAUCGCCAAUUGCGCAAGGGUUCUUGGGAAUUUCAUUGUGCAAAUCGCGAGACGACAGAAAAAAAAACAGUUGCAUUUUAUGACUGGGCUACCACAGGUAUCCCAGUAAAGACAAGAACAAAAUCAAAAGCAAGUCAAAGUCAGGUGCAGAGUACAUAACUUAAGACUAUCCUAAUUAAGCUAUAUUUUAACUUUUCGAAAAAAUGGAAUAUAAAUAAGUCCAGCCCUUUAAUUUAUAAAUUACAUGUCUAUUACACUGUACAUAUGAUCACAGGUUAGAGUGGUUUUCAAAAACCCGUGAAAUACUAUUUAGUUUAUUUAGUACUAAUACACUGUGAUGUCUUUUUUUCUUUUUUGUUCUGGCUUGAAAAUUACACUUUAACUACAUUUUGUUGCACGGGAUUUUGAAAACCACUCUAAUAUAUUGCCAUUGUUUUAUUUUCCUAACAAAUAUUGAGUAAGAUUGAGUAAAAUUGAAACAUGCAGAAAUAAACUGAGCUUUAGAAUAGACUAAGUAGAUCAGGAGAAAUUACAAUUCAUUAAUAUAAAAUAAGUAAACUGCAGUUCUAGUGUACCAGUGUACAAACACACAUUUUCAAUUUAAACUUUAAAAUAUUAGUAUUUUUAGCAGCAACAACCUACAGUAUAUGGACUAUAUUGUUAUCAAAAUAAAGCCCAAAAA